GAAUCCUCGAGCAAUCUCUGAAAGUAGCCCUGUCGCACCUCAUUCCCUCCCCCUGUCCCACCCGGAUAGAGCAACUUGUGACCCCAAGAAUCCGUUCAUUGGCUUACUAAUCCGCCAGGAAUCACACAAUGUCUGUAUCUCAUCGAAACACAGAGACGACAGGUUUAACACAUACCUUGCUGGCAUUCUCUUCUCGCUCUGUACGAAACACAACUAUCUCUCUUUCUCCUUCCACAUCCGGCCUUAACUCUCCAACCCCUCUCUACGUUGUCGAGACCCCGGAGAAAUCCGGUGAUCCACCUAACACGAUAUACAGGAUCAGCAGUAACGGGAAGAAGGAACACGUUGCUACCUUGAUAUGGAGAACGUUUCGAAAAGACCUGAUUGUCAUUGGUGGAGAGACAAAAGAAUUGAGGCAAGUCUUGCCAAAGAACGGAUCCCCUCUCAGAUAUACGAUGCCUACGCUGACGGGCGAUUGGACGUGGAAAACGCUAUUCGAUAGUCCCGAGCUUUUCAACUCUUCAGGGAAAUCCGUGGCGAAAUAUGACAAGAUUUUCAGAAACGAGAAGAAGAAUAAACCCCCUGCGGAGAUGGUUGUAGCGCCUGAGGCGAUGGGAGUGCUUGACAUGGGAUUCUGUAUAAGGCAAUCCGCUACCUCAGCGGCCACACUCGCGAGAUCAGAUGUAAGCUUAGGCAAAAACUGAUAAUCUUGUGAACGUCCGUCUGCGCGUAUCUAUAUUCAAAGUGGCUAAUCAGGGCUAUCAGGCAUUAGUAGCGGGAAACGGCCACAAAGGGCCAGGUGGAAUUGGCAGCAUGCGCGCGACGCGUGACCCGGACCCGUGCUCGUACAUACAAAGAGGAAAAAGAAAACAGACGAAGGUUAAUGGGAGUGACCAUAAGAGCCAAGUCGGAAGUAGUGAAACAUGAAAAACAAAAUACAACACAGAGCUAAUGUACAAAGACGAUGUAAAAAAUGUACCAAAAGGAGGAGUAUCGGGGAGGAGGUGGGAGACAAGAAAAGGCGAGGGCUGAAAGCUGAGGCAAACGGGAGUGAAGUCACACCGCGGAAAAGUGUUGGC